AUGUCUGACCCACUUUCACCCGACAAGGAGUUUGCUCUUAUGGUCGCCACCCGCACGGCAUCAGUGUUUUCCGUCAUAGGCUCCAGCAUAAUCGUCAGCACAUUCAUCUACUUUCCCUUUUUCAGGAAACCAAUCAACAGACUGGUUUUCUACGCCACCCUGGGAAACAUACUCACAAAUGUGGCGACAUUGAUGUCGGUUUCCGUGAUACCAAAGGAUGGGGAGUCUCCGUCUGGCCUCUGCGAACUUCAGGGUUUGCUGAUCCAAUGGUUCAUGGUGGCAGAUUCUUUCUGGGUCCUUUGCAUGGCUGUCAAUGUCCUCCUGGUAUUCUUCUAUGGAUACGAUGCUCGACAGCUGCGGGGUCUGGAGAAGUGGUACUUUGUCUUCAGCUACGGAGUUCCUGCAGUACCAGUCGUCAUUUAUGUGUCCCUCGAUCACGUUGGACGUCCCAUCAUAGGAUCUGCAACCUUGUGGUGCUGGGUGGCAGUUGAGCAUGAUUGGAUGCGCAUUGCAUUCUUCUAUGCUCCCGCCUGGGUCAUGAUAUUUGGUACAUGUACCAUCUACACCAUUACGGGGUACCGGAUCUGGCAAAGGACAGUUGAACUCCACUCCUUGUCGCAAGACUCUUACCAUUUUGGGACGAUCGAGUCCACCAUUGGUGCCAAGGGUGGCGAUAUGGUAAACGGUUCGGCAGCGAACAAGAUUGUCGUUACGACGCAGAUACAAUGCGAUAUCCAGUCGAUCGACUCCUUUUCAAGCGUUCAGAUGUUUUCCAUGGGCACACAGCCCGAUGACCAGAUCACCGAGCAGCCCCUUGACGAUCUCGAAGCCCAAAAUAGCCUACACUCGAGUAAAAGCGAAUGCCACGGCGGUGAAGUAACGAUGAUUACGAGCACGCUUCCAGCAGACGAUUCAGAAGUGCCGAACCUAUCAACACCGCGCUUUGUUGGAAAAAAGCGGGGCAGGACUCAUGCGGCGGCAAUGGCCUACUUCCAGGUCGCCUUUCUCAUGUUCAUAGCCCUGACAAUCGUGUGGGUGCCCAGCAGUAUCAACCGCAUGUACCAGUUCGUGAACGCACGCCACCCCAGCUUCGCACUCAACAUCAUAUCGGCCAUAGUCUUGCCGCUGCAAGGCGCCUGGAACGCUGCCAUCUACAUCUUCACCACUCGAGCAGAAUGCAGACGUGCUUGGCGCGAGACGCUCUCCAAAACCAGAGGCAAGCCUUUGCAACCUCAGCUGCAACAAGACCUGUUUCACAAGACAAUAUCAAGCUCGCAGGCAACACGAGAGUCCACCAUCGACAUUGCCCUGGAUGAAAUCCUCGAACGAGGUACCUGGGUACACCACACUGGGAUACCCAGGUAA